AUGAAGCUGCUCCAAAUUAACGAUCCUCGUGAAGUGAUCCCGAUUGGUUGCCGGUUGCUGACGCUGUUCGGUUUGGGACGUGACGAAAAGCUGAAGCUUCUAUACUGGUGCCAGGUUGUGUUCUAUCUUGUAUUUAGCCUUAUUCCACGCGCACUGGUAAAGAUUGACGAUACCGUAAUGCUUUUGCGCUUGGGUUCCGAGUUGGCCUUCAUCGCUUACCUCUACUCGCAAAUAUUGGCCCUUUACUUCCGACGCAAAAAGCUGUACCGAUUGGUCGACAUGCUGCAACGGUGUGCCCGCAAGCAGUAUUCCGACCACAUUGAAACGUUCCUCAUCACGUCAAAUGGUAAAACUAACAAAUUUUCGGUGAUUUGUUGCAAAUGCUUUUUCGCCGUGUACAUCUUGUACUGCGUAAUGCCUCCGAUAGCAUCAUACGGUGUUUACUUACGUAACUCACGCAAUCAAACAGCCGAACCGGAAGAGUUCAUCAUAUCCAGUGAAAUGAAGUAUGGCGAUACAGCUGAAGACUCGCCAAAAGAACACUAA